AGAAAAAAUAUAUAGUAAUAACGAUAAAGACAGUAGUAGAUAAAAAUGAAUAAAUAAAUUCCAUCCAAGGAGUUCUCAACACAGACUUUGAAUAUCUAUUAUCACAAACUCCCAAGAAGUGCAAUUCCUUCAAAAAAGAAAAGAAAAAAAACAAGAGUAAUAACACCAAUAAAAGAAAAAGAAGAGGAAAUUCCCGCCAUUUUUACUUUGACUUCAAGAACCAACGGAAAAAAUCGGCCAAGAUGUUGAUGCAACACUACAUGAAAAAGAACAUGUCCACCAAAAGCUCCUCCGUGAACAAGGGGUGGGGGGUUAUAGGCCUACCAUCGACUGGCACGAGAUCACCAUCAGCGGAGAGAACGUGGCGGACCGGCAGGUGCUGGCGUGCAUCGUGGCGUCAGGCCUGCUCAUCAUCGUCGUCGGAAUCGUCAUCACCAUCCUGGGCUU